AUCAAGUGUCUCUGACUGUGAGUCCCAGCAGCUCUCAGAUGUUUGAAGGACAGACUGUCUCUCUGAGCUGUGAGGAGGACGACAGCUCUGCUGGAUGGACUCUGAGGAGGAACACAACCAGAGAAACCAGGACUCAAUGUGGAGGGGGCUGGGGAAGACCUGCUGGUUCCUCCUGUACCAUCAGCUACAUGGUCCCGUGGUACAGUGGGGAGUACUGGUGUGAGUCCAGAGAGGGAGCAACCAGUACCAGCAUCAGCAUCACUGUCCCUGGUGGACCAGUGAUCCUGCAGAGUCCUGUCCUCCCUGUGACGGAGGGACAAGACCUCACUCUGCACUGUAGGACAAAGACGUCCUCCAACCUCCCAGCGUCUUUCUAUAAAGAUGGCUCCUUCAUCGGGACUGGGCCUGCAGGUCACAUGACCAUCCCCCAUGUCUCCAGGUCUGAUGAAGGCCUCUACAGGUGCAACAUCAGCAGUGUUGGAGAGUCCCCCCCCAGCCGGGUCUCUGUCUCAGGGAGACCAGAGACCUCAGACCCUCUGGCCUCAGACCCCGUCCCCCUUGUGGUGAGACUAGUGGUCCACCUGGUGGUGUUCUGUCCGUACUGCAUCUCCACCUUCAUCAUGGUGUCUCUGUAUCGAUGCAGGACCACAGGAAAGAGCCCCCCUCUCGCCACGGUGACAACCCCCCCCACCCAGGCUGAGGAGGGAUUGGAUGACAACUAUGAUGAUGUCAUCGCCGCUGUCACCAGAGAGCAUCACUUCUGACCUG